AUGCCUAUGCUCAUUGAUGUCGCCGAACUUGCCGGUCUGGCGGCUGAAGGAGCCUUGUAUGGCAUCUUCCUCUGUCUUUUCUGCGUGUGUGGGUACGACCUUGUCCGCCGACGUGCACGACAGGAGUCAGAACUCAGUUGGCCGAUGGUGACCGCGGGCGUCCUGCUCAUUGUACUGGCUACUGCCCGUUUCAUUGUCGACGUUGCGAACGUCUUCGUCGCAUUCAUUCGCCAUGAUCCUCGCUCGGCACGCCUGGCAUACCUUGAGGAUGUCACUCAACCGUUAUUUACGACCAAGCACAUCCUUUUCAUCACAUCCCUGUUUGUGGGCGAUUCUUUCGUCUCUGGGGAAAGAAUAUCUGGAUUGUUCUCCUACCUAUGGGUCUAUCCGGACAUAGUGGCAGGUUAUUACACUAUGUGGGCGUACAGCAAUCUUCCUGACCAAACUAUACCUUCGGAAGCGAAGUGGUUGAAGUCGUUCUUUUCUCUCAGCUUAGUGGCCAACGCGCUAGCAACUUCGUUGCUAGCGUUCCGUAUCUGGUACGUUGACCGCCAGAGGGCCCACGUUGCUAUUGAUUCCGCCGGAUCGAGCCUCACACCCAUCAUCCGAAUAAUCCUUGAGAGUGGCGCUAUCAAUGCCGCAACCCUAUUCGCUUUCGUGAUGACGCUCAGCUUUGGCUCACAAGGUCUUGAGAUAAUGUCCGAGAUGGCUACCCCCUUGGUUGGAAUCAUCUUCUCCAUUGUCAUCCUCCGGAUCGGGUAUCGACGUCACGGCGAUAGCUAUUACACAACCCAACAUCCAAGGAGUCGUACGCUGACGUGGAGGGCGGGAAAGUCAGGAACAGGAGUCGGGGGAUUCACAGGAGCCGCUGCAACAAUGGCAACCGUUGCGGACUUGUCGAACCGCGAGAUUUACGUGAACGAGAGUACUACAUCAAAGCUUGACGGAGGAGAUGGACAUGAGCUUACGUCUUUCCGUGUUACUGCUUCUGCUGUGUGA